CUUUCCGCUCUAGCCGCCGCCGAGUAGGUGAGGUCAAAGAAAAUUGAAUACUAAUUGAAUCUGUGUUUUUAGAUUUAUGUUUUCGGAUCAAUAACUAGUUAGUUAUCUCGGCUACUAUUUACGGACUGAUCUAUAAGCAGAGGGCACCAAUUUCGAACCGUAGGAUUCUCGUUGGCUUUGCUUCUCCCAAUUUUCUCAGCAAAUAAUUUUCUCGGGAAACAAAUUCCAAAUACCACAGAGAAAUUCAGUGGAUCAUACACGAAAUUCAAAUAUGACGGAUUACGACGGGAGAAACGAAGGUAAUGGAGAAGACGCCGACCAUUAUGGCGAUGGUUUUUCUCCCCAAGCUCGUGGCGGCAGCCAUGGUGGCCACGAUUCUCACAGCGAUUCAAAACCUCAUGUCUUUUCAUGAAAUCACAUUAUCUAACCUACUGGAGACGUACUGCUCUAUAUAUCCAUGUUUCCUGUACCCACUACGUGUUGGGUGAAACGUGUCAUACUUGGUUGUUGAAUUAAAAUGAACAUUUGGAAGUGUGGUUUAAAAUUUAGCAUAUUAGUUUCAUGAUAGUUGGUUUAAUAAGUUCAGAUCGAAAUAGAACCCAAAGUCCUCAACAAAUAAGGAGAGUACAGGCAAUGGGAGAGAUACAUCAAGAGCACCAACCAGUGAAGAGGCACCCUCAAAUGUCACCAAGCAGAAGGUUGCAGCCGCCAAACAGUAUAAUGAAAACCAUUACAAGAAGCAAAUGAAGAGCUUGGAAGAAAGGAGGGAGAGACGCCAUGUACUAGAAAAGAAUUUGGCCGAUGCUGAGGUCUCUCAAGAAGAGCAAAGUAACCUGCUUAAGCAUCUAGAGAAGAAGGAAACGGAAUAUAUGCAUCUUCAGAGGCAUAAAAUGGGUGCUGAUGAUUUUGAGCCACUAACAAUGAUAGGGAUGGGUGCUUUUGGAGAGGUUAGAGUGUGUAGGGAGAAAGCAACUGGUCAUGUAUAUGUCAUGAAGAAGCUCAAAAAAUCAGAGAUGCUUCGAAGAGGCCAGGUUGAACAUGUGAAAGCUGAAAGGAACCUAUUGGCAGAGGUUGACAGUAAUUGUAUUGUAAAGCUGUACUGCUCUUUCCAAGAUGAAGAAUAUUUGUAUCUUAUUAUGGAAUACUUACCUGGGGGAGACAUGAUGACUUUAUUGAUGAGGAAAGAUAUUCUAACAGAAGACGAGGCCCGAUUUUAUGUUGGCGAGACAGUUUUAGCUAUCGAGUCAAUCCAUAAACAUAAUUAUAUUCAUAGAGAUAUCAAGCCUGAUAACUUGCUUCUUGACAAGGAUGGCCAUAUGAAAUUAUCAGAUUUUGGAUUAUGUAAACCAUUAGAUUGUAGUAACCUCCAAGAAAAGGAUUUCUCCCAGGGAAAUAACCUUAGUGGAGCUCUUCAAAGUGAUGGGCGCCCUGUGCCAUCAAAACGCACACAACAGGAACAACUACAGCAUUGGCAAAGGAACAGGAGGAUGCUUGUAAGUAGUUCAAUAUCAUGUAUGAUGGAUCCGUAAUUACUUUUCAUUACUCACUUGUAAACUGGUGAACCAAAAGUUUUCCUUUGGCUUGGUUCUGGUUGACCUUGGAGUCGGGCAAUUCUUUUAGGGGUUGGGUUGUUUUUUUUUUUCCUUCUCUCUCUCUCUCUAGUGAAGUUCUCAUUUUAAAGAAAGAUCCUCUCUCAUUCUUGUGUUUGUUUACCUUUAUUCUAAGUGGUAAAGAUUGUUUGCUAAUCUGUAAUCUUA